AUGAAGUCAAGUAAACUAUUGGUCCAGGACGCUAAGGAUUACCGCUUCAAUCCGUCAAUACCGUUGAGAAUUUAUCUGAAAACAUGCAUCGGCAUUUUGGAAAAGGCACAGUAUGCGUUCCAGGUUAACGAUUUGUCACUAGCGUUUAUUUAUUAUUUUAGAUAUGUCGAUUUAUUGACUAAUAAGCUAUCUAAGCACCCUGAAUUAUCGUUUAUGGAUCCGGUAUCGUCAUCCUCUAUCUAUAAAAGAGAGUACUUGCAACUCAUAAAAUUGGAAGUACCUGCAGUCUGCAAAAUCAUCGAAAGCUUACGCAGACAAAUUGACUCUCAAUGCAGUAAAUUGCAAACAUCGCUGGCUAACAAUAUAGCCAAACCGAACACGAACACGAACACAGGCCCUGUGCAGGUAGAACAGCGGUCGCUGCCGAAAAAAUCGUUCGAUGAAUAUAGCUUCAAUCAAUCAAUUUCCUUUUUCCAGCAAAUUUCUAAUACACAACUUAACACCGCCACAAACCCGCAAAGUCAGGAUGCCACUCGGGAUGAAGCUUACAGGCUGAACUAUCCAGAACUACCACGCCUCACAUUCUCCACAUAG